UACAUGGUCACUUGAACUUGCAUGCGAGUUUGUUGAUUUCUACCUUUUCAUGUCAGUGCAGAUUCUUUUUGGCUUUCUCUACAUGCUGGAUCUAGCAAUUGUCGUGUUCAUCUACUUGAAGACUGAUGUGGUACCUUGGUGGGCUCUUUCCUUGCUUUCUCUGUCUAAAAGAGUUCACUCUAUCUUUGUUCUUCGAUUAUUUAAUGAUUGUUUAGCCACUACUCUCCUCCAUGCUGCAUUGAUCUCAAUUAUUUAUCAAAAAUGGCAUCUAGGGUUGGUAAUUUUCAGUGGAGCUGUUUCUAUAAAGAUGAAUGUGCUCCUGUAUGCACCACCUCUGUUGCUCCUGAUGGUGAAGGCAAUGGAUAUUGUUGGAGUUAUAUCUGCUUUAGCAGGUGCUGCAUUAGUGCAGAGAUCCUCUUACAAGUUUGUGGUCCAUAUGAUUGUCAUUGGGCUGCCUUUUGUCCUGUCACAUCCAGCUUCAUAUAUAUCAAAAGCUUUCGAUCUUGGUCGUGUUUUCAUCCACUUCUGGUCUGUUAACUUCAAAUUUGUUCCUGAAGAAAUCUUUGUUUCUAAAGCUUUUGCUCUCUCCUUGCUAGUUGCUCAUCUCAGUCUGCUAUUGAUCUUUGCUCAUUACAGAUGGUGUAGACAUGAAGGUGGACUGUUUGCUGUCGUGCACUCUAAAAUCAUUCAACUGAAGCUUAGAGUUGCUCGCAGAGAUCCGUCUCCAACAAACAGGGUCCUUCAAACGGACCAUAUUGUGACGACUAUGUUUGUCGGGAAUUUCAUUGGCAUUAUAUGUGCCCGAUCCCUCCAUUACCAAUUUUACUCCUGGUACUUUUAUAGCUUACCAUAUUUAUUGUGGAAAGCGCCAUUUAUAACCCUCCUACGUUUACUGUUGUUCGCAGCUGUUGAGUUUUGCUGGAAUGUCUUUCCCUCCAACAGUUACUCAUCAAUACUCCUCCUCUGUGUUCAUUUAAUCAUACUGGGCGGUUUAUGGAUCAGUUCUCCGGAAUAUCCAUAUGUUGGAAAAACAACCGAUAAAUCAUCAUCUGAGAAGAAGGCCAGAUGAAGCACUACAUGUUUUUUCUCUGAGAAUGGUUAUGCAUGCCUGCCCUCAUCCUUGACCACCAUAGUUGAAAUCUGAUGCUCUAACCAGAAAGAUGUAGUUUGGUUUUACUGAGAGGAGUUUUUGGUUAUUCUGUUAAAUUGCUAGUAUAAUUUUAAAUCCUUACUUUGUUUAGAUAGCAUACAACAAAGCUACAAAGCGGGUCACAAUCCUUACUAUGCACGUGUCCGCUCGUAAUUCUCUGGCACAAAGGAAAAAAAAACGUGAAAACAAAAAAGUAACACGAGAGUAAAUAUUAAAUGUGUAUAAAAAUAAACAUGUCUCAUAGUUAUUGUGAGAUAUGUGAAUAUACUUAUUACAGAAAAGCGUUGAUUUCAUAACUUAGUGA